UGGCGGGCAGGCGCCCUGGCUUCCGCACGCCCCAGAACAGGGGCCGCCAUCCCCAUGGCUGUGCCGGCGAGUGGGCCCAGCGCCGGCGGGUCGCGGGACAUCCUGUGGCGCGUUUUGGGCUGGAGGAUAGUAGCAAGUAUUGUUUGGUCAGUGUUGCUUCUGCCCGUCUGUGUCACAGUCUUUGUAAUCUUCAACAGCCUUAAUCUAUUUCAUCCUAUACAAUGGCUAUCAGAUUCUAUUAAUGAUUUGUAUAGUUCGUAUGUGAUCUUUUAUCUCCUGCUGCUGUCGGUGGUAAUAGUAAUAAUAAGUAUUUUCAAUGUGGAAUUCUAUGCAGUUGUGCCUUCUAUUCCCUGCUCCAGACUGGCCCUGAUAGGAAGGAUCGUUCAUCCUCAACAACUCAUGCACUCAUUUGUGCAUGCUGCCAUGGGGAUGGUGACAGCUUGGUGUGCAGCAGUAAUCAACAAGGGCCAGUACAGUUUUCUUGUGGUUCCCUGCACUGGUACUACAAGCCUAGACAGCCCUCCUGUGCAGACCUGCUUAAAUGAAUAUCAUCUGUUUUUCUUACUGGCUGGAGCAUUCAUGGGCUAUAGCUAUAGCCUCCUGUACUUUGUUAACAACAUGAACUAUCUUCCAUUUCCCAUCAUUCAGCAAUACAAGUUCUUGCGGUUUAGGAGAUCUCUGCUCCUACUACUUAAACAUAGUUGUGUGGAAUCAUUGUUCCUGGUUAGAAAUUUUUGCCUUGUAUAUUAUUUUCUUGGCUAUAUACCCAAAGCUUGGAUUAGCACUGCUAUGAACCUUCACAUAGAUGAGCACUUUCACAGGCCUCUUGACACAGUAAGUGGCCUCUUGAACCUCUCAUUACUCUACCAUGUCUGGCUUUGUGGUGUCUUCCUCCUGAUGACUUGGUACAUCUCAUGGAUACUCUUCAAAAUCUAUGCCACAGAGGCUCAUGUGUUCCCUGUUCAGCCACCAUUUGCAGGAGAUUCAGAUGAAUGCCUCCCGAAAGUUUUAAGUAGCAAUCCUCCCCUCAUCAUAAAGUAUUUAGCUUUGCAGGACCUGAUGUUGCUUUCUCAGUAUUCUCCCUCUCGAAGACAAGAAGUUUUUAGCCUUAGCCAACCAGGUGGACAUCCCCACAAUUGGACUGCCAUUUCCAGAGAAUGUUUGAAUCUUUUAAAUGAUAUGACUCAGAAACUGGUUCUGUACCAAGAAGCUGCUGCUACCAAUGGGAGGCUGUCUUCAUCAUAUCCAGUAGAACCUAAGAAACUAAAUUCCUCAGAAGAAACUGCUCUUCAGACGCCAAAACCUAGCCAGAUACCUCGAUCAUCACUACCACCAUCAGCUAAAACUGCACUAUUUUCUUCAAAAUUAUCUACACCUGAUACUUCAAGUACCUUUGGGUCUCCUUUUGGCUCUAAUAUGGUGAAUCGAAUGGCUGGGAUUUUUGAUGCAAACAUUUGCUAUGCGUCAUCACAAAGUCCUCUGCUAAUAAGAAGAGGGCCAAGAUUAUGGACUUCUGCUUCUGAUGAGCAAAUGUCUGGAUUUUCUAAUCUACCUCCAUGCACCUCUAUUAGUGCUAAUGGUAAGACAGUAAGACAACCCAAUGUGAUCUAUUCAUGGAUACAGAAUAAGCGUGAACAGAUUAAGAAUUUCUUGUCCAAACGGGUGCUGAUAAUGUAUUUUUUCAGUAAGCAUCCAGAGGCCUCCAUUCAAGCUGUUUUUUCAGAUGCCCAAAUGCAUAUUUGGGCAUUAGAAGGUCUGUCUCACUUAGUAGCAGCAUCAUUCACAGAAGAUAGAUUUGGAGUUGUCCAGACUACACUACCAGCUAUCCUUAAUGCUUUAUUGACACUGCAAGAGGCAGUGGACAAGUACUUCAAGCUUCCUCAUGCUUCCAGUAAACCACCCCGGAUUUCUGGAAGCCUUGUGGACAGGUCUUAUAAAACAUUAAGAUUUGCAUUUAGAGCAUCACUGAAAACUGCUAUCUAUCGAAUAACUACUACAUUUGGUGAACAUCUGAAUGCUGUGCAAGCAUCUGCAGAACAUCAGAAAAGACUUCAACAGUUCUUGGAGUUCAAAGAAUAGUUAAGUAAUAUAAACUGUGUUCAUUACACUGCUGAUACAACUACAGAUGGGACAGUAAAUGUUCAGCAUUCUUGGAUCAGAAGAAAAUGGACUAAUUAGAUGCUUCCUUUGUCGUGGUGGUUGCUUUGAAAACUAUACUUUAAUGGGAGAAAUCAUGGAAAGAAAUUCUCAGCAGAAUAACUGAAAACUGCCUUUUCUGUACCCAAUGCUUUUUGUGUGUGUGGUAUAAUAAAAUCUUUAUUCAAUUUUACAGGAGCAUCUAUGGCAAUAGAAAUGGCUCUAGCUCAUAUAACUUAAUAAUAACUCAAAAAAAUUUAGAAUUUACUUUUGAAAGGAGUGGAGUCAGUUUUGAAGUUAAAAUAGGUUGUCUUGAUACAGUCUUCCAUUCCAAGAGUUUAGCUUUCUGUAAACUUGAAAUACAUAAACUUAAGAUUAGUUUCUGUUUACUAAAGGAUAAAAAUGAUAACAAUGGAGAAAAAUUUACAGUAAAAAUAUAGUCUAAAGGACAUAUUUUGUUAAUCUGUUAGGUUGUGUUUUUGUUUCCAGGAACAAAUUAAAUUUGCAUGAUUGUCCAAAAAAAGUCUCAAUUUACAGAUGCUAACUCUAUAUAAAGGAAUGUGGAAAAAAAUCAGUUCUUGUUACAAGAGUAAACAUUCACAGUAGGUUUUUGAGAAACAAUUGACUGACAUCUUUGAAUUUAUUUUAUAUCAUGUUGGUAAACAAUAAAUGUCUGGGUAUUUCCCCAACUA